AUGUUUGAGGGCCCUGUGGAGUGCUGCGAGUGUGCUGCCCCCGUCGGCGACGAGGGAGCGAUUCGGGCAGUGCUUAUCUUACCGUGUCAGCACCUCCUCCACGCGGGCUGUGUGGAUUACAUUCGCAAGAGAAGAAAGCUGGAACAGCUGAUUGUUCGGGGUGAUCGGAGCGGUGCAGGUGCGGUGCUGCUGGAGUCCCUCAUGUUGGCCGGGGAAGGUAUUCUCAACAAGAGCAGUAGCAGCAGCUGCUGCAACGGUGGCGGCGGUUGUGGUGAUAGUCGUCUUGUUGCGUGCCCGGCGUGCAUGAUGCCCAUUCAGCGUCUCAUUCCGUUGUUUCCCAGCGGCGGGGAUGCGCAGUGUGCGGCGAAGGGUGGUAGUGAUGGUGAGGCCGCAUCGUACUUCACGGCGGCACAUCAGGCGCAGAAGAGCCACAUUGCCCAACUCCGCGCGCUUUACGAGCAGCGGGAGCGAGUGACGCAGCUGACACGCACAUGCGCCCUCAUGCAUGAGCGCCUCUCGGAGGCGCAGGCGGAGGUGGACCGGUUGUCAAAGAUACUCCCAAGUGUGGCGCCCGCCGCCCAUGUGCCGCAGCUGGCGGGGGAAAAGUUGUGCGUGGAAGGCAUGACCGCCACGGAGCUAGAGAUGUACAUCCUGCAUUCCUCAGCGACGCUUGAGGAGCUGGAGCACGACGUAGGUGAACAGAGGCGGGUGGUGGAGAAAAAGCGGAGAAAACUGGGCCAUCUUCACUCGCGCCUUCAAGCGAUGAAGGCGUUGGAGGAGCGAUCGCGGCAGACUCACAAAAAGAGGGAGGACGCGGAGUCAAGUGGCAACGAGUCACCCCGGCACUCUGGGAGCCGCGACAAGCGCCCGCGUGCGCCACCUGUAGUUGACGUGGAGGAAGAAGAAUCCGCCGCCAAGACACGAGCGAUGAGUGUUUCGUCUGGAACCGGCAGCUGCGAUGGGGCGGAGCAGAAGCAGCAACGACAGCAGCGCGAGGACGCAGAGGAACGUGGAAUUGGGAGGGCCAAUCUCGACAGCAACGCGAAUGAUGUUGGAGAGGAGGACGAUGAUGUCGUGUACAUUGACCAGAGAACACCGCAGUUUACGAAUGGUGGAAGCAGCGGCAGCCCAACCGUAGCCGAUGCCUCCUAUCCCGCUUGGCGACCACGCACGGGCACCGAGGUGAGGAGGGACAGAUGUGGUCGUGGCGAGAACAACAAUCACAACAGCGGAAAUGACGAUGCAGUUGUAGCUGAUGAUGGUGACGACGACAACGCGGAUGCCAUGAUGUGCUACAAUCCCAUGCGGCGCGUGGCACCGACCCAACAAUUCGGGAUUUACGCGCCGAACGCUGCACGUCUUCUUCCAAGACGCGAGGAUCGGUUGUGGCAGCCGUCACUAGAAGGCCUCUUGUGA